CCUCCCCCUCACUUCCCCGGAGUCAUCGGAGAGUUCAGUCCUGUCUCUGGCUCCGUACUAGAAAUAUACUACAGGAAUGAUGAUUACUUGAGAGAGGAGCAGGACGGAUACCUAGGAUGGAGGAGGAUGAAACAGAUCCGACCGCAUCCACGGUCCUUCAGAUCAAGUUCGUGGCCUACUCCGUUGUCGCGUACAUCAUAGUUGGAGUUGGGUUGGUCGGAAACCUGCUGAACCUUGUAGUAUUAACCCGACCCAACCUGAAGGGUGUGAUGUAUGUAUACCUGCUAGGGCUGGCCGUAUCCAACCUAUGCGUUCUACUCUCAGCGGUUCCAGCACUCUUUGAUAUCUCUGUAGGGUUGGAGGACGGAUACUACUCCACUGCCUUCUACCAGGCGCAUCUUAAGCUGCCGUUGAUUAAUUCCUUCAUGGCCAGCUCGGUUUAUAUCAUCAUCUGUAUGACAGUAAACCGAUAUAUCUCCAUCUAUAAACCAACCCAGUUCCAGAGGAUUCACACACACAAGAACGCUAGAAUCUCAAUCUUCUCUUCAUUCCUCGGAGGAAUCCUGGUUCAUGUCCCGCUCUGCUUCCAGAACACUGUGCGUCCCGUCUGCUCUGAUAUGAACGAGAACACUACGAUCUCCAGUAACUCUACCUGCACCUGGAGAUCAGAUGAGAACUUCGAGGUUACAGAGAACAUAAUCUUCAAGGUAUACUUGGUUACAAGUGAGAUCAUUCUUAGGAUCGGACCAAUCAUUGCGCUCGCAAUACUCAACGCUCUCAUCAUUCAUAAGUUUCUCAAGAUUGCGAAGAAGCGUCAAGUAUUAAAGGGAGGAUACCAAAAACCUGAGAUGUCUCAUCAUAUCUCCUCGGCUCCAUCCUCUCCUCAACCAUCCAGAAACACUAGUAGCACCACACAGACCAGUUCAGCUAGCUCUGCUCCUAGCUGCUCCAGUGGACCUAGGCUAGUAGUACCUGGAGCUAACCCUAGUAGAUCUCCGUCUCCUGAACCUAGCUCCUGUACUCCAGAUUGUACUCCAGCUACAACUCCACAGAAGAGAACUGUAAGACGGAAACCUAAGUCUCUUCACAAUGCCGAGGAACGAAUGCUGGUGGUGGUUCUCAUCUCCAUCGUGGUUCUUUUCGUCUGCUGUACAACCCCCGCAGCUGUUCUAUCCGUUCUUUUCACGGAGAAGUUUGAUAAACAUCUUGGGUUUCAAAUCUUCAGAGCCGUUGCCAACAUUUUGGAACUUCUUAAUUUUGCUCUCAACUUUUAUAUUUAUUGUCUGUGCAGCGCAGAGAUAAGGAGAGCAUUCGUCUCAGUGUUUCGAGAUAUUCUAGGACUCUUUUCUUUUAAAUGCUGCUCCAAGAAAGCUACUAUAACAGUAAACAUUGAGCACGUUUAGUUUAUCUCCAA